AUGAGCGACCCGGUGAUGGCGGCGGACGGGCAUUCGUACGAGCGGUCGGCGAUCGAGCGCUGGCUCGCGACCAAGUCGACGAGCCCAAUGACGGGCGUGGCGCUCGUGCACAGCUUCCUCGCCCCCAACCACACGCUGCGCCGGCAGAUCCGGGAGUGGCAGCACCCGCGACUCAACUCGCCGACGUCGUCCGAUGAUUGUGCCUCAAAGUCAGCCUUCGGAGGCUAUCGUGGGGCUGCCUAA